AUGGCAGACAAUAACGAAGGCCCAGUUAUCCUGGUCAGAUCAGAGCGCGGGGAUGUAGAGAAUCAAGCUGCUGAGGAGAUCUGGGGCUAUGCGUUUAUACCAACACAACAGCAUCUACCGGCAGCAGAGAUGAGAAAGAUGAAGAUGGAGUUUGAUGGCCUUGCAGCUGCUGUCGUUAGGAAGCUUAGGACUUUCAGCCGCGAGUUUGACAAGCAAGUCGGAGAUAAGACUACCACCAACAAAGGCGACCAAACCGUCACGUGGAGUAUCUUUGGCAAUUCCCAGAUCAAUCCCUAUGGCCUUCUUACUCGGCAUUGCAAUAAGGACGAGAUACUUUCUAAGUUGAGGGCAGAGAUCAUGACAAUCCCUGAAUGGGUAGACUGGAGUCAAUUGGAACGAGGACAAAAGGCAUCACCAGGCCUCGAACAAGUCUUCGCUCGCAUUGACCAUGUUCAACCAUCAAUCUUCCAGAUCCGUAUCCUAGAUACAGUCGCAUGGAUUAUCCAGGUCACGAACUCGAUUACCAACCUUACAUCUCCUGAAAAUACGAUUCGCCUCCGCUUGCUUCAAGCCAUUAUUUCGUUCCGGAUCUUGCACCGCUCGGCAACAGACCAAGGAUAUUGGCCCGUUACUCGAUACGGAUACCCCUUUAACCACUUCGAUACCAUUCAUAUGCUCAACAACUUGUUCUGCCUUCCGAUCUGGGACAGCUUCCGCAGUAUCGGCAUUCGCCCAUCCGAGAACGAGGUCAAAGACUAUGUUGCGUUCGUACGAUAUCUCGCCUACCUUAUGGGUGCUCCAGACGAACAUUUCGACUCCCCAGAGAGGGCCAAGACUACGUUCGAGUCAAUGCUCAUCUACGAGACGAACAUCUACGCCAUGUCGCAAGUCCGGGCCCAUAAAUACCUCGCUUGGUUGGAGGAGGUGACCCCUUUCUCCCGCGGCUUCCUAUUGGCCGGUUGCCGAGCCAUGAACGGCAACAGAGUCUGUGACGCGCUGGGACUUCCACCAGCCAGCUUCUUCCACCGCAAGGCCUUCAGAGGGCUUUGCGUGUCCGUCAAAAUCAUGGUGCGUCUGCAGAAGUUAAGUCCGGCUCUAGACCGGCACAUCAUCAAGGUCGCCCGCACCAAGCUGUGGGGUGGGAUCAAGGACCACUGGGGAUCCCACCCCUCGGCCGACAUGCAGACGGUCCCGCGCGACCUGGUCGCGGACGUACUUCCAGAGCUCGAGGCCCACCUCGACCUGGCCAGCAUUCGGCCAAAGAAGAAGAAGGCGGGAUGGGAGCUGGUGCUGUUCGGGGUGUGGGUUGCCUGGGUGUUUCUGUGCGCCCUGCCGGUCGUGCUGGUUCUGGGGGGAUUUGGGGUUGGUUUUGCGGUCUGGGCUGGGAAGUCGGGUGUGGGUGGUGCGGGUGGUGAGGGCGAUGGAGCUCCAUUUUGA